AUGCCUACAAAUCGUUGUGUUGUAUCUUCCUGCCGUAUAUCGCGCAACAUGAACUUGUUUGAAACCCUGCCAAGACAAUUCCGCAAUUUCGAUCGAGUCGAAAAGAAUAUAAUAAUGCAUUCCCAAGCGUUAUAUCGCGUUGUUAUUUUAUUCAACAUACUCUUUUUACACGUUUCUCCCAGUUAUAAUUGUCUAGAUUUUACGAUGUCAAAGUGUGCAGUGCAGAACUGUAAAAGGAGCCGCUACCGUGCUGGCAAGACAAAUGUGGAAGUUAUUAUUCAUUCAUUCCCCCAACAACAAGCUUUGUACCAACAGUGGGUGAGGUUUUGUCGCCAGGACGAAAACUGGAAGCCGUCCGCAUAUUUUGGAAUAUGCUCAAACCAUUUCCGAAAUGAGGAUUAUCAAUUCUCCUCACUAGUAGAAAACAAAAAGCGAUCGAGAAUGCUUUUUCCAAAUGCUAUUCCAUCAAUUUUUCAAAGCCCGCCUUAUCCGGAAUGUGUUAAGAGAGAGCCGAAUACAGAAGAAAGCCAUGCCACAAUCGUAAAGAGAGAAGCGAAUAGUGCAGAUGCCGACGAUUCUGUACAGAUAGAUUCCUUUUUGGAGCUCUUGAAGUACCGUGAUCAUUUUUGUAGAAUUUGCCUAAAUUGUUACGAAUCUGAGUCGUUGAUUUCAAUCUACUCUCAGGUGCAGAACAACACAAUCCUCGAUAUGCUCAUACAACUAACUGCGUUCGAAACUGAAAACUAUGAUGAACUCCCGACGGUUAUAUGUGUGGAGUGUAAACAUAAAUUAGAACAAGCGUGUGAUAUUCGGCAACAGUUUAUCGCACAAUCGGAGCUUCUUGUUCGACUGGUAGCUGAAGAGAAAAUAAUGGACUACUUUCGUGAGGGUACGGUUGAAUUCCUACCGAAUGAGUCUUAUGAUACUGCUUCGAACGGCGAGCCAUGCCAUGAAGAUGCUGAGGUUGAUCAUGAGGAUGACGAGGAACAUCGGUUGGAAAAUGUCGAUUCAAAUGAUCAUUCGGUCUUCAAGUCGGACACUCAAGGUAAGGAAGCUGAUAGGAGUGUAAAACUGGAAGAUGGUGCAGAAGAAAUUUUGGCAGAAGUAGAGAAGCCCUACGAAAAAAGCAUAACGUCGGAAUUUCAACCCCAUGCUACGAGAACGUUAGAUAAAAAGCGGAAGAAAAGAAUAUCUUGGAAACACCUUUCUCUAAGCGGUGAAGAGGCACGAAAACGUAAAGCAGAAAUCUUACGUGAAAGGGCAAGAGCAUACAGCCUAGCGUGUAAUCGAAAAAGAUACCGACUAGAGGCGGAAGCACAGAAUUCCUUUCCAUUAACAACGUGUUACGUAUGUGACAAGAAGCACGAUACCCUAAUGGAACGAGAUUUUCACCUGCGGGAUCAUAUUCCGAUGUUGCCGUACCAUUGCGAGGAAUGCAACGAAGGCAAUGCAGCAGCAGAUAACUCGGGGAAGGAUAAGCCGGCUGUAUUGAAAACCACCAAUCAGCUGAACGCCCAUUUUCGGAUGCAUAGUAUGCCAUACAAGUGCGACAAGUGCUAUCGGCGAUUUUGUACCGAUCUGAAGUUGAAAACACACUACUGGUCCAGCCAUGGGAUUGCCGAAAAGGGAUUGACUUGUGAGUACUGCGGUAAGCAAUACUUCCAGCGAACGAUGUUCAAUCGGCACGUGGCCUAUCAUCGCAACGAACUAAGCGGUCAGUUCAAGUGCUCGAUGUGCGAUCGUGCGUUGGGGUCCAAUAGUUCACUCCGACGGCACGAAGCAUCCCACAAGGGUGAGAAAAAAUAUAAAUGUUUGUACUGUGAAAAAUUAUUCAGCACAUCGUACAAUCGUUUAACCCACCAAAGAGUUGUGCAUACCGGCGAACGGCCCCACAAGUGCGACGAAUGUGGUCGUUCGUUUGUGGACAAUUCCCGACUCAAGCUGCAUCAGGAGACGCAUCAUGUGGAGGGACGUUCUUCGAAAGAAAGAAUUCGAAAAUCGGCCCUUCUUCCCGAAGACAAGCAGAGUUGCUCUUAUCCAGGCUGCAACUAUACGGCCGAAACGUACCGAACUAUGUACAUGCACAAGCGCACCAAGCAUAUGACGAUGCACAAAUGCGAGGUGUGCAAAAAAGAGUUCCCGUUCGUAGCUAAUCUGCGGGAGCACAUGACGGUGCACACAGGAGAGAAACCGUACCGCUGCGAGGUGUGCGACCGAAGCUUUCGGCACAGUGCCAUGUAUCGCCGACAUUUGCUGACGCACAGUGACACGGGGAGCAGUUACAGCUGUGCACUGUGUAAGAAGAGCUUCAAAAUGGCACGAUAUCUGCAGGCGCACAUGCUGACCCACUCAUCGGAGCGAAAUUUCAUAUGCGGAAUCUGUGGCAAUACCUAUAAGACGAAGGGCGAGCUGAAGAAACACACACAAAACAAGCAUGCCAACGAAUUCAACGGAGAUUAUGUGAUUCUGUCUGGAGAUUCUACCGUGGAGCAAAAUCAAUGGAUUAAAACAUACGUAAUGGACUAGAUAAUUCUAUAAAGGGCACGGUAAACGAAGCGUACCCGCUAGUGCAAUCGCCAAGGGGCUGCCUCUGGGAGCUUUUGCGCCCAAUUUUUUCCCUUACACCGAAUUAGUGGGGUAAUGGAGAAGUGUGUAAAAAAACGAAAAACUAAAAGAUAAUCAACAAAUAUACAAAACAUCAACGUUGUCUCUAAACAUCAUAAAUUCUUCAAAUUUUUUUGAAGUUGUAGCGUUUUGGAAACGACUGGUGAAAUUCUUGCAAAGGCAUCAGAAAAAUUUUACAUAAAUAUUUGCUGAUCU